AUUUAGAAUUUACUAAUUUAUUCUCCUAGUUGAUAUAUUUAAUAUCAUCCGUUUAAUGGAAGUCGACCAAGUUAAAAUUCCCACCGUCCCUGAGACUUUAUUAAAGAAACGAAAGAGAUAUGAUGAACAAAAAGCGAAGAGAAUAAAGUCUUUACUAUUGGAAAAGAAUAAAGCAAAAAGUCUGAAAUUAAGUGCAUUCAAAAGGGCAGAAAAAUAUACUAAAGAAUAUAGGAUCCAGAAAAAGCAAUUGCAUGCAUUAAAGAAGACUGCCAAAGCUGGGAAAAAUUUUUAUGUUCCAGAUGAACCUAAAGUUGCUAUUGUAAUAAGAAUUAGAGGUAUUAACAAAGUCAAUCCAAAAGUUAAAAAAAUAUUGCAACUUUUACGUCUAAGGCAAAUUAAUAAUGCAGUUUUUAUUAAAAUAAACAAAGCCACCUUAAAUAUGCUGAAAAUAGCAGAGCCAAUGAUAACCUGGGGCUAUCCAAAUUUAAAGACCAUUAGAAGCCUUAUAUAUAAAAGAGGUUUUGCAAAGAUCAAUAAACAAAGAUAUCCUCUAACAAAUAAUGCAAUGAUUGAGAAGCAACUUGGUAGAAAAGAUAUUAUAUGUAUGGAAGAUCUUGUCCAUCAAAUAUUUAAAGUUGGAGAAAAUUUUAAAUUAGUAUCAAACUUUCUGUGGGUCUUUAAGCUAAAGAAUCCUAAAGGUGGGUGGAGAAGAAAAAAUAAUCACUAUGUUGAAGGUGGUGAUUUUGGAAAUAGGGAAGAUUUGAUAAAUAAUCUUUUAAUGAAAAUGAUAUGAAUAUAUUUUAUGUCAAUUAUAUUGGGAAAAAUGAAUUAAAGUAUGUAGCAAAGUCUUUUUAA